UAUCUGUUAUGGCAUGACGGCUGGCAGACAUAACAUGUCUUGCUACUGCUUGGUGCUUGCUAUACUCCACUUUCUCUCUCUCACCACAAUCUAAAAACGUUCUUUCUGCUCCACUUCCUCAUAUAGAUAGUACUUGCCUCAUCGUUUAGUGUGGAUCAAACAAAACAGCACUAGGUGAUGGUGAUCCUAUUCUUUGUCCAUGCCUAAUAUUGCUAGUAACUUGGUAAUUUCAGCAGAAGGAAACAUGUUAGAGAUGCAAACCAUUCAUAUGCCAGUGCCUAAUAACUUGGUCUUUUGGAGUUUGUGAAGAUUUUAUCCCUCUGAAGAUGAGUGAAGAAAACGAGUUUAAAUCAAAUACUGAUAAUGAACAUUUUCAAAAUAAUGCUAACCACUGCAUUUGGAAAAUUUUGAAAAAUGACCCGCGUGCAGGUGCAAAUGCAGCUUCCAGGGUUGAUCUGACAUUUGCUGCCACUGAUCCCCUAUCUGAGAUAGUUUGGUCUCCUAGUAAAGGUUUGAGAAUUCAAUGUGCUGAUUCAAGCUUUGCUGAUCAGAGUAGUUAUCUUUUUCGGGAUGUUGGACCAAGCUGUAUGGUUCUUUCUCCACCACAAAGUGUAACUGGCGGCAGGCUUACCGCUGAUGAACCUGUGGGUGAUGUUCUUGUAAAACCUAUAGCUGUCAUAUGUACCAACAGUGAUAUUGCUGCAACAUAUGCUUCUACUAUGAAUCCAACUACUGAUUCAGGUGUCAACCCUGAGUGUAAAGUAUAUGAAGAAAAUGAUAUAGGAGCUGGAUCUAGUGGUAAUAAGGAGGAAAUGAACACUUCAGAAAGAGCACCUAAUUUGUCUAAUGAUCAAAAUGAGAAUCUAGCAAAUGAUUGGGAGAAGAGUACUGGUGGUGAUCAAGCCAAGAUUGGAACUGAUCAAAUAUCUGGGACAACGGGAAACAAAUUUUCUGCUAUUUCAGGUCAUGUUGACCAAAGGCCAUUUGAUGCUUUAUUACUUCAAUCAGAUGAAGCUAAACCUACCAUGGAGCGAAAUCCUUCACCAGGGAGACCCUCCAUUGGAGGUGUAGAUAUUGGUACUGGAAAAAAGGCAGUUGUAGAAGAUGAUUUACAUGCUACUGUUGAGCCUAUAAUUCCAGGAGCUAAUGUAACAUCCUCCGGCAAGAGUCCUUUAGAAAAAUCGGAAUCUAGUGCUGAGAAUGAUAUACAACCUGUCAACUGCAAUGCUGCAUGUCCUGCGACAAGCGGAGUUAUUGCUAAUGAGAUUAAAAACAAAUCUCAUGACAAAAAAAUGAUUCUAUUAUGUGAUAAAAUUCUUCCAGUUAUGCAUUCUCCAUGUAAUAGCAGAAUUAAUAUGUCAAGAAACAAAGGCAAGGAAAAGUCCUUAUCAGACGGUGAUGCAAAUGUAAGAUUAUCAAAGGAGGAGAAUGACAGUCAAUCAAGUGUUGAAAGCUGUAACAGUACUGAGUUUUUUCCCAAGGGUAAGAAGAGACCUAACUUUCAACAGCAGUUGAUUCUUGGGAGUAAAAGAGUGAAGAAAAAGCACGUUGAAGAAACUUCUGGUUCCAAAUCCUAUGUUAAAAAGGAUAUUUCAUUCAUUAACUGGAUAUCAAACAUGGUAAAAGGACUCUCACAUUCAAUUCAAAAUGGUUCAAACACUUUGGCUGUUACUCUCGCAAAUCGAGAUUAUCAUGAUCUACGGCGGCCUGAUGAGAAACUUGUCACAUGCAAAAUGAGUCAAGAUCCUGGGCCAAAAAAUACAGGAUUCAAGUCCAUUUUUCAGUCCAUGUAUUGUUCAAGUUUGAAGAAUGUAGGAACAAGAACUUUUCGUCAAGAAGGAGAGGGUAGUGAGGAUUUAGAGCCAAGUAACAUGGUACAGGGAAUUGAUGCUACUCCAAUAACCUGUUGUGCAGAGAAAAACAGCUCUUCUGAAGCAUGUACUCGGAGAUAUGAUGCUGGUCCGUCCUCGCAGCCUAUGAUUAUUCAUGCAAAUAUUUUUAACAGUCAGGAAAGCAGCAAAAACAACCCAGUUGAGGAUGAAAAUUGUUCCAUCUUAGGCCUUAUAAAGGAGAAGGAAACAAUGGCAUCAAAUUCAUCUUCAUCCAGACAAAAUACAAAUAAUACUGAGAAUAUUGAUUCCACUGCACCAUCUGAGAGAAAGGAAGCAGACAAUAUCUGUCUUGGAAGAGAUGCUCCAGGAAAUAUGUGGAUAACUCGAUUUUCUCCAAAAUCGACUGCACCCUUGGUUAUUUCUGAUCACCUAGAUGAGAGAUAUGAAUCUCAAGUCCACAUCAAUGAUUGCCAUAAACACAUUUCGUAUAUGAAGAAAAACUGUAGAAUUGAAGAAACUAGAGAACAACCCGCUAAUGCCACAGAGGCUUUCACUGGUCUUCAUGAAGAUAAGGACAAUAAUGUCCAUAAUAAUUUCAACAGCCUUUCAUCUUCCCCAGGAUUCAGAAACUCUGUACUGAUGACUUCAAUGUUUGCAAGGAGAUUUGGUGCCAUCAAACAUACCACACCGACAAACAAAGCAGAUUGUACCUCUCAGGUAGUUCUGUUUUGUUUGUUUUGUGGGACAAGAGGUCACCAACUCUGUGAUUGCUCAGAAAUUGCGGAAGGCGAGCUAGAAGAUCUCCAAAAGAAUAUGAAUUCAUAUGGAGAAUUGGAAGGAAGUCCCUGUAUAUGCAUUAAAUGUUUUCAGACUAACCACUGGGCAAUUUCAUGUCCUACUUCAAUCUCAAAAAGGAAACAUGAAUGGGAAGUUAAACCCUUGGUCAAUGAUUGCAUUCUUAGCGGAGAACAUUUAAUCCCAAGCAUUGAAGGGAGUUCAAGGUUUCUGAGUGGUAAGGCUGGCCUAAUUUUAUCCGGUGGUACUAUCAACGAUGGAAGUGAUCACCAAGCAAAUCAGAAUAUUAAUUUGAAGCGGAAAUUAAAUGAAAAGACAACCUUCAAGAUAGGUUGCAGUGCAUCAUUCAAGAAACAAUGCAGUUCAAGUUCAGAGGAAAACAAAUUCAAAGGAAAUCCAAUAACAUCUCCAUCCAGAUUGACUGGAAGGCAGAUUUCACACAUACCAAAAGGAAUCUUUGAUGCAGUGAAAAAGCUUCGAUUGUCCCGCACUGACAUCUUGAGAUGGAUAAAUGCUGAUCGGUCAAAACUUGAUGGUUUUUUCUUGCGCCUGCGGCUUGGGAAGUGGGAAGAAGGGCUAGGUGGAACUGGAUACCAUGUGGCAUAUAUAAAUGAGACCGAAACACAUAGUUCAGAGCAGAAUAUAAGAAAAUCUCUCUCAGUGAAAAUGGGGGGGAUCAAGUGUAUGGUCCAAACUCAGUAUAUAUCCAAUCAUGAUUUUCUUGAGGAAGAAAUCAUGGAAUGGUGGUCUACCAGCUCAGAAGCUGGUGUUCAGAUUCCAUCAGAAGAAGAGCUGAUAAAGAAACUUAAGAUGAAAAGAAUGUUAGGUCUGUAGAAAUUUAUUAAGUGUAUAUAUAAGUAAUUACCACAUAAGCAUUUUGUUCUCUCUCUUUUAUAUUAGGAUGGUAGGAUAUAUUCAGUUUGGGGAAGUUUUCUUAAUUUUUUCACUAAUAAUUAUAAACAUAUUUUUAUUUUUAAAGAUUUAUGUAAAAAACAACAGUGAUUCGAUUUAAAGGAAUUAUAUAUUUAUUCA